AUGUUCUCCACUGUACCUCGGCUCCCCUGCACAGGUACCUGUACCUCCUCUCCCCUGCACAGGUACCUGUACCUCCUCUAUGCUGCACAGGUACCUGUACCUCCUCUAUGCUGCACAGGUACCUGUACCUCCUCUAUGCUGCACAGGUACCUGUACCUCCUCUCCCCUGCACAGGUACCUGUACCUCCUCUAUGCUGCACAGGUACCUGUACCUCCUCUAUGCUGCACAGGUACCUGUACCUCCUCUCCCCUGCACAGGUACCUGUACCUCCGCUCCCCUGCACAGGUACCUGUACCUCCUCUCCCCUGCACAGGUACCUGUACCUCCUCUCCCCUGCACAGGUACCUGUACCUCCUCUAUGCUGCACAGGUACCUGUACCUCCUCUAUGCUGCACAGGUACCUGUACCUCCUCUAUGCUGCACAGGUACCUGUACCUCCUCUCCCCUGCACAGGUACCUGUACCUCCUCUAUGCUGCACAGGUACCUGUACCUCCUCUCCCCUGCACAGGUACCUGUACCUCCUCUCCCCUGCACAGGUACCUGUACCUCCUCUAUGCUGCACAGGUGCCUGUACCUCCUCUAUGCUGCACAGGUACCUGUACCUCCUCUAUGCUGCACAGGUACCUGUACCUCCUCUAUGCUGCACAGGUACCUGUACCUCCUCUAUGCUGCACAGGUACCUGUACCUCCCUCUCCCCUGCACAGGUACCUGUACCUCCUCUCCCCUGCACAGGUACCUGUACCUCCUCUCCCCUGCACAGGUACCUGUACCUCCUCUAUGCUGCACAGGUACCUGUACCUCCUCUAUGCUGCACAGGUACCUGUACCUCCUCUAUGCUGCACAGGUACCUGUACCUCCUCUCCCCUGCACAGGUACCUGUACCUCCUCUAUGCUGUACCUCUUGUCACAGUCUUUGAGGCCGUGGAGGCCCCUGAGCAGCGGCCAGCUAACCAGUCCAAAGUGCUCAUGUCCUUGGUUCCUGUUCUAUUGUCAUAUUCAUCUCGUCACAGUGACAAGACGUUCUUUAUUUCCGACUCUUGGAGACUCAGUGGAACAAACUGGCUUCAUCCACAUGUAGCAAAGUGCUGGACGCAGUCAUACGGCGCUGGGUUCAGUCUGUCCAUCGAGGACAGAACACAGACGUUAAGGCUAUUGUGCUUCCAUUUUUGA